AUGCAAUACGGAAUUACUUUCCACUCUCAGUUUAUAAUUUCUCCAAUUGCAAGUUGACGUCAAAUUAAUUAGUACUUUGAGCUAUUCGUGCGCUUAUCCUUCCGUCGGUCUCUGAUGGGCACUCAUGUUAACUUCAGGCUGAUUAGACUUAAAAGUAAAUAUUUGCAGUGAUAUACGACUCCUGGAACCUUCUCCGGACAUUUCUAUAACCACAGUGUGGUACCGGUCGGAUAUUGAACGCAAAUUUUCUUUUUUUCGGUAUAUUUCCAGUUUUCAGCCCUAUUGUUGUCUAUUUAAGGACGCUUGAGCCAGUCAAAUAUGAAAAACACACGGCUCCCGGAAUAACCGAUGACGCUGCUAAAGAAGUCGUUAUGACUUUCAUUUCCUUUGUUUUGUAAUAAAAAGUUAGGGGACUCCGGGAUACCGCGACAGAUACCAAUAUUGAACUGUUCAAUUUGUUUGCUAAAAGGAUCUAAACUUUUCAUUUCGGUCUUAUCAAAAUUUUGCGAUUGCGACCGUUUACGCGCUCUUUGUCUGUUUGUUUGCUUGUUUGUUUUUUUUUUUGCUCAUUUAGAUGCGUGGAGUUCAGAACCUUCGCACUUAUUUAACAGAAGAAUGCUAG